UGCCAGGUUUUGAGGUUUGAUUUAGCGAUAUCGUCAUGACGUCAUCAUAGUGUGUAAACCCUGGAUCGACAUCGCCAUCGAGCUCACUUCGCCGAGGUGGAAGAAGAACUUUUAAGAACGCUGAUGCCUGUCCAUAUUGAGUUUAAUUAUGCUAUGGUGAUAUUCAAUGAAGGAAUUGCGACGACGUGAUGGCUUCCAUAGGGAAUCAUGAUCAAGAUAAGGGAAAUGGUGGUGACGUCGAGCAAGUGGUGCUCGAUGCAGCACAAGUGUACCUUCUCAUGAAGGAAGAGUAUCGCAUCUCAAGGAAUAUCAGAGCAUCAUGGUUUCUCAAGAACAUCAACAAUAUCAUUUCAGUCAAGGAAGAACAGGAAUUGCGAUGUUCCCAAGAGGAACUAGAAAUCCUGUCCAUCAUACCAAAAGAUCCGCCAUCGAGUCAGAAGACAACGGAAAAACAGACCCAGUACCGUCUCUUGCCGACGUGCCAUGUGACCUUCUUUGCCCGUCGCUACAGGCUGGUUGUUGUGCUAGAUCUCAGCCCUUCCAUGACAGCUGUGGAUAUUCAGUCAGGGAGCAUCCACAUUGCAGAGAUUCACACUGCGUUGACAAACUUUCUGAAGGGCAUCACAAAGCCUUUCUGUGUUCCAGGAAGUAGCAUCUUGCUUGCCCCCAGUUUGUAUGUGACAGUCAUUGCCUACACACCACUAGCUCACCUCACAACACAGCAGGUGCUGGUUCAGGGGUGCUUGCUGACCCCAGAGAAUUUGGAUGUUUUCUUGCAGAGCAUUCUUACACAACUUGAAGACUUUGAAAACAAGAUAUAUAACAGUACCAUGCGCUCUCGGAACCCAUCGGCCUCGGGUCUCGACGGCGUGGACGGCUGGUUGACCAACGGCCUGGAUAUUGUGGUCGGGGGUGACUGGAGGGACAGCCAGGGGGGCCCUACCAGCCCCACCACCAACAGCUACCAUCAGCCCCCUACCAAGGUAGAGAUGGCCAACCCUGAGGCAACAUUUGUCAACAUGCUGUGGUGUGGAGUACUUGCCCUGCAGCUGCUACCGGAGAAUACAAGUGCAGGCAUCGUAGUGAUCAGUGAUGGAGUUGGUGCAGUCCCAGAUGCCCUGACCCUAAGUAACCUCCUAGGGAACCUACGAACCAGCACCACGGCCUGCUCCUUCAUCCAGCUGGGCAAAGGGUUCUAUCCCCACGCAGGCUUUGGUUACGUCCCCCACACAGAAAUCAUGCAGUUCAUCGCUACGGCAACCUUUGGGGCCUUCCUCUCCAGAUGCCCCAGUUUGGAAUCUCAUGAAGACCAUCUGAUGAAUCAGUACCAUAGAGCUUUCCUGUCAUGGAGCUUCCAGAAAGGAUUGGAUGGCAUCAAGAUUGACCUUAUCAAAGGUCGUCAGCAUCAAGUCAUCUCAUCAGAAUCAGGAUGGCCUGAAAGCAUCUUGCCAUCAUUUGCAGUCAACAAGCAGGGAUUAUGCACCAUUCCUCUGAUCAGGAAGAAGCAUACUAACUACAGACUUCACACAGAGCUUGGCAAUGUGCUUUCUAUUCGUCUCAGGGAAGGAUACACCAUCAAGGAUGCCUGCAUAACCAAGAAUGGUUCCUGUAUUGAGGUGCGUCUAGCGCUGCCCUGGAAGUACAAUGCGAGGAUAGAGUAUAUAGCUACAGCUCCAUGGCCCCUUGAGUCCAGCAGACAUGUGACAGACAUAGAGAUCAUCAUGGAGGGUAGCUACGAGUUCCUCCAUGACAUCACAUGCCCCAUGAAGAAGGGACCUCAGAACCAUUACAGGACAAAGGUGGUCAAGAACUUCUGGCAAACAUUGCAGAGUUUGAGAGAGACUGACCUGCUGCUAGUACACCUGCAGUCCUUUGCAGCUAACCCCAUCUACUACACACUGCCUGAAGGUACGAAGGGAGGGAUGCCCCUCUUCUACAUGCCCCCCAACUCCACCUCGCCUGUCCUCGCUCAACAGUCGCAUCUAAAGCAUUCAGGAUUGGACCAGUUUGCUGAUUUCUGGAAACGUAUUGCUCUCAUGGACUCCAAGAGAUGGCAGAGAUGGCUCCACACCCAUCGCAUUGCAUUGCUCCUGCUACCAGACUUGCCGCUACCGAAGCAUCUGCACCUACCCAACUCGAGCGGGCGCUACGCCACCAUCCAGUAUCGGGUUGCCCUCAAAGAGGUCAACAACCUUCUUAAGAAGAGGAGUACAUUCAUCAUGUUAGACAACCAUAGCUACAUCAAUCUCAACUUCACUGAGUCCGGAGGGCCACCUACGUCGUUCUACGUCAUCAGGGUUUCCCUCAAGACACCCAUCGUCCUCAGACUGGCAUUCCUUGGAGGGACACCGGGCCAUGAGAGGAACAAGGUUGUGAGAGGGUUAAAGAAUGACCUGCUAGCCUUGAGGAUGCCCAGGAAGAAGACUGCCCAGUAUGGCUAUGACAAGGAGCACGGCACCAAGGCCAUGGCUCCCCUCAAGGACACUGACUCAGACGGGCCUCCUGGACAUGGCGAUGAUUCCUGCGUCGUUCUGCUCUCUAGACCCAUCGAGAUGAUCCUCAUGAGAUAUGAGAAAAUGCCAUCGGACUUCACUGACCUGAAGACAUCCAUCGAGGUGACGUCCACGUCUGUGCCUGUCUACAUGAACAGCAAAGCUCCCUGUAGCAACCUGAACCGACUUGCAUGCUAUCUCCACCAUCGACGCUGGAUCUGGGAAGCUCAGAGUGACAGUGGGAUCCAGAUCGCUACCAAGGCUGUGGCCAACAUCCUGGACGUCCUUACCAAAUUGCGGUUGCAGCAGGGAUUCCAUGUGGCUUACUCAACCAGUGGAAUACUCAGCUUUAUCAUGGAGCUCAAGAUGAAGAAUCCUCUGGGCAGCAUCGUGGAGACAAUGGGGCCUUCCAAACCCUCGGACCAAGAAGGCACGGAUGAAGCCACUGAGAGCGACCAGGGCACGGAGCAGAAGUUAUCCUCCAACGGUCAAGAGGUCUUCCCAUGUCUGCUCCAGUACAUCGUCUUCCCUCCGCACUCGGCCACAGCCAAGAGGGAUCGGACUACAUCAGUUGGAGACGAGGAGGAUGGUGACGAUCAGGACACAUCUGAAGCUGAUGGAAGACUGCAGCUUGUGACUGAGUGCUGGAUAGAGCCUCAGAGUGGUACCAUCAUCGAUCCUCCAAAGCAGUGUCAAUUCUUGGACGGCCUCACCUACCAAACUAUCCCAAGAGUGAUGUUUCCGAUGGACCAGCGGAUCAUCUCCGUCCUCCUCAACUUUGAGCACCUGCACGUCAUGUGCUCUUCCGCCAUCGACGGAGACAUGGCCACCAUGUCCAAGGAGGAGCUUUCCUUUGAAGGGGUUGCGCUCGGCGAGACCAUUCAGCGGUUGCCCUAUGCGCUGGACGUGAUGACGCUCCUACCCAUGUGUCAGCAGGCUCAUGUACUGUGCUCAACCUUCAUCACAGGUGCAGAUGGGACAGAGAACACCAGGUCCAGGCCCCGCCUCGGGUACCCCAAACCCAAUGACACCCUCUUCACCCUCCUCACUGACUCUAUGAAAUCCAUGACGGACUUCAAGCUGGACCUCUCUGACAAGGAGAGUCUGCUCUUUGCCCAGUCUGUCCUUGAUCGAAGCAAAGACGACGAUGCGCCCCGUCCCUUCGGACUCGCCUCCUCGGACAUCUCCAGUCUCCUGUCAGAACUCGCAGACAGCGCUGCGGAAGGCUUAGAGAAGACGCCUGUUCCGCAGAACAGGACGAGUACUCCGUUGAUGGAGGAGAACCGGGAGAAGAAGGUGCCGCAGUGGACGCUGUACGUGAAAAGUGUUGGGAAGGAUCAUCUGAUCUUGGUAUUCAUGCCAGCUUCCUAUCAGGACUUAGAGCUGCUCAGUGCAACAAAGGAUGAUCCUGAAGCGGAUUUAUCCAUGGCACCUGAAUCGGAUCAAGCGAAACCAUCCCGUGAGUCCCGUCGCAGCAAGAAUCUGGAUGAGACAGACAGCGAGGAUGAGUGUCCGGCUAGAAAAACAGUGCCACCUGGAGUUGAGAAGAAAACAAAUACGAGCCUCCCCCUUCCCAUCUUCGUCUACGAUUGUUCCCUGGCGGCCCUGACCAAUUUUGUGCUGGGUCGCCUGGAUGAGAGUUCAGUGACGAAUGUCUUCAAGGAUCUGACCUUUGUGUCAAUGGAUGCGGGUACCCAGGUCCCAACCACGCCAAGGAACAUCCCUAGACACAGGACAAGAGGAUUCAGUGAGCAGAAUGACUCGUUCUCUCCGCCCUCUGCUGAUCGGAGAGGGAGCAAGGCCAUGGAGUGGUUCUGCGGUAGUCUUGCCAACAAGGUCCACCAGGCCUUUGUCAUCGGCCUCUUCAAGAGCCUUCAGUACGGUAAAUGGGUUGACUGUCAUGAUGUCCAGUCGGCCAUCGAACAGGUGUGCGAGGAGUCACUCUAUGAAAUUGACAUCACUGAAUUUGUUCAAGUAGUCUGCGGUCAUGUCUACGGCGUGCGAGCCAAAGUUGAUGCAGAGCAACAGGUCGCUGAUAAGCUCCAGAAGAGAAUCAAGUUUGCCGACAUGGAUGAGGAGGACACGGCUGAGAAACCUGCUCCGGAGAAAACUCCAAACCAAGAGAUCAAGUCCAGCAUCGCCGGCCGCAAGAAACCUCCCGGCGUCAUGGUCCCUCUUGAGCUCCUGACCUCCUCACCCAACCGGCAGUGUGAGGUCAGCAAGGGCCUCCAUGCCAUGGUUCGAGAGCGCUUCACCCAGGUCAUGGGGAACCACUUCAAACCGGUUCCAUCCAACCGUGACAUCUGGUUCUACCGUCUAGGAGGAGAGGAGGAAGAGGAGGAGGAGAAUGAUGAGGAGAAGGAGGGAGAAGGGAUAGGGGAUGAUGAUGGUGGGAACGAGCAUGGAGAUGAUGAAGAUGAUGAUCAGGUGUUUGCGGAAGGAGUGUACCGUGGGAGUGAUGAUAUUGAGUCGGAAGGUUUGAAGCCGAGUCCUCGAUUCUCUGGAUCUCAGACACCAGAAGUCUUUUCAUCAGAGAACCCCAGUGCCCAGCAGGUGUCGAAACCAACUAAACCUAACAACGAAACUGUUUCUACUCCUCGAAAGAAGGUCAACUCGUUGGCAGACGGGACCGAAGACGACGACAACUUGGACGACUACGGGGACGAGAUGGACCAUGACCGUGAUCGCCUUGACAGCAACAGCCUCAUCAACUCCAUCAGCUAUGUGUACCAGAAGGAGAGGAGCUACGAUCCCGUGCCCGAUGCCAACAGUCGGAGGGGCAGCUCGGAGGAAUCGGUGAUGGGCAGCGAGGAGGAGGAGCUGUCACCCCUCUUUGUCAUAUUGGUAUGCUCCGUCAAGCUCAAGUCUAAUGUGGGCCACCGCAACGUCAGGACCAUACCAACUUGUUUAGGUGAGUCCAUGUGG